AUUGAUGGGCUGCUCUCCUGACGCAGAACAUGAUGGAGCAAAGCGGUGAGCCUCCCCACAACAACAACAACCCGACUGGAAAUGAGCCCCCCACCUGCGGCCUCCACAGUAAACGCCUGAAAGAGCUGGAAAAUGCUGCUUUGCAAACAACUUUGAUAUCACGAAUGGAGACGGAAUCUGGAGCGGACGACGGGAGCCCGGCGGAGCACCAGCCCGGGGAGGGCGAGCACUCGAACGGCUUGUCCUUGAACCAUCGGUCGGCCUCUCCGCAGCUCGGCGCGGACACAGAGGCGGAAGAAGUGGAGUCUGGAGGUAAUGUCAAAGAGCGGGUGGAAGAGGAAAGGACCCUGACGGACCAUUUAAACAAACGACUACUCUCCUCGUUUCUGGAGAAGCUUAACGAAAGGGACCUGGCGCUUCCUGGUGUGCAGCGCCUGGACUGUGCUGUAGCGGACGAGGACUCAAACAGGGCCGCAGAUGAGUGGUGAAGCAGCGGGUUCAAAUACGGCUGUAGUAACAUGGAGAUAAUGGCUGAGGGAACAAAGUGCACGGAAAUAUGAUCCCACAACACCUAAAAGACAGAUCUUUAGCUUGACUCAAUGAUAUCUUGUCUGGAAAUGUUACGCUUUAUUCUUUUUUUAUGGUAAGAAUGGGGGAUAUAAUGAAAUAAAUGCAAUAAAUGAGCACCAUGUACUAUGAUGAGC